CGCGGUCUACUUUUGGGUGCAGUCAGACGUGGACGGCAUGCGAAGAACCACGGCUUUGCAAGGGCUUCGGCGACCAACUCCAUCGAUCAAAAUGGCGAAAAGAUAAAAAAUCUGUAGCGAAUCCAGCUGUUCCUCGACUCCACUAAACGGCGAAGCUAAGUGGCCACGGAAGAUUCUGCUACUUGGUCACUGGUUUGGAGUUUGAAAACCAACGGUUUCUUCAUAUCGGUGGUGUUUUGGUCAUUGUAAAUGCAAUAGGCAUACUGGGGACAUGUUCUCUUAAUUUAUGGGUUCUUGUCUAGGAGGUCUUGCCAAAUCUCGUUCGUUAACCGGUAGAACAUUAAAUACACCUCAAAGGAGGAGCAGAAACAGAAUUCCAGGACGGAAGAGAAGGCAAUGGUCAUCGAGUCCUGAAACUAUGGCAAACAGUGUUCGCAUAGCUAAUUCUCUUGAAACACACAUGCCCCCUAGCCCUAUUCCAAAUGAUUCUAACAAGUUGACAGCAGAAAAUGGGAGCAGUGGUUCGUUCAUUAACCAUGCUGCAAUAGCUUGGGUGGGGGAAAGAAGAGCAUGGAUAGGAGAUGAAACGAGAGUAUUGUGUCGAGCUCGAAGGGAUCCGGUUAUAAGUUGGUGCACAACAUAUGAAGAGUUGCUCUCUACAAAGAGACCAUUCCCGCAACCAAUCCCAUUAUCAGAGAUGGUAGAUUUCUUGGUAGAUAUUUGGCAAGAGGAAGGACUGUAUGACUAAAAGGAAAAAAAUCGAUCUGGAGCAUCAUCUUUUUUAAUCAGAGCUCUGCUUUCCUGAAAGGUUGGUUCUCAUUUUCCCUCCUUAACAGCUGAAAAAUGCUUUUAUAGUAUUAUAUUUUCAGAUAGAUUGAAAAACCUAUGUAGAAUGUAGAAAGCAAAAUGCAGCUGACCUGCAAUAAUCCAUAAUCUUGCCUUUUGUAAUUUGUGUUUAUAAGUGGUGAUUAAGGUGUAAAAAAUAUAGUACUUUUUUGUAAUGCGGCAUU